AGUAUUUAACAGAUUGUAUCUUCAUCUCGUUAGGGUUUAAGACACGCACCUCUCGCCGGUAGCCGUCACUCCCGGCAGCUAAUCAAAUCAGAAACCGCCAAAAAUGGCAAGAGGGUUGAAGAAACAUUUGAAGAGGCUCAAUGCGCCGAAGCAUUGGAUGCUUGAUAAGCUUGGAGGUGCUUUUGCUCCCAAGCCUUCUUCUGGUCCACAUAAAUCAAGGGAAUGUUUGCCAUUGGUUAUUAUCCUCAGGAACAGGUUGAAAUAUGCUUUGACUUACCGUGAGGUCAUUUCUAUCUUGAUGCAACGACAAGUUAUGGUUGAUGGUAAAGUUAGGACAGAUAAGACUUACCCCGCUGGUUUCAUGGAUGUUGUUUCUAUUCCAAAGACAAAUGAGAGCUUCCGACUUCUUUAUGACACUAAGGGUCGCUUCCGUCUGCACUCACUCAGAGAUGAGGAAGCCAAGUUCAAACUUUGUAAGGUUCGAUCAGUUCAGUUUGGACAGAAGGGGAUCCCAUAUCUCAACACUUAUGAUGGAAGAACAAUCCGUUACCCUGAUCCCCUCAUCAAGGCCAAUGACACCAUCAAGCUUGACUUAGAUUCCAAUAAGAUUGUUGACUUCAUCAAAUUUGAUGUUGGAAAUGUGGUCAUGGUGACUGGUGGUAGAAACAGGGGACGUGUUGGAAUUCUCAAGAACAGGGAAAAGCACAAGGGUAGCUUUGAGACAGUUCACAUUCAGGAUUCCCUUGGGCAUGAGUUUGCUACCCGCUUGGGAAAUGUGUUCACUCUUGGUAAAGGUACUAAGCCAUGGGUGUCUCUACCUAAGGGUAAAGGUAUCAAGUUAUCUAUCAUUGAAGAGGCUCGCAAGAGGCUGGCUGGUCAAUCAGCUACAGCUGCUUAAAACGGCUAGGUUGAACCAUGUUUCUCUUUGUUUAGAGAUACCAAUCUUAUUUUGUGUGUUGAAUUUUAACAAUUUUGUACUAGAUUUUGUUUUACCUUUACCUUGUUUUGUCGGGAAAAGAGGUUGACUGAGUUCAGAUCAUUCAUAUGCUUUUUGUGUGAUAGUA